GACAUGUUGCAACAUCCUCCUCCCCCAGAAUAUUGCCGGCUCUGCGUAAAAAGCUGCAAUGAUGACCAGCACAGCCUCUAUGAUGAGAGAGGCCAAGCUAACGCAAGCCAUGAUCUUGUGAGCAAAUAUUUUACCAACGCAAUGUUGAAUAUGGAAUGGGAGAGGCGACUUCAAUACAUAUGUGGCAAAUGUUGGCAGCAUAUCUUGGAGUUUCAUCAAUUCCAAGAGUCCAUUAUUGAGGCGCAGAAGGGCCAACAUUUGCAUAUAGAAGAGGCAAAAGAAGUGGUGGAAGUUAAGAUUAAGACUGAGUUGAAUGUAAAUCAGCAGGAAGUACAACUGGACUUGCCUAUGACCAAGGGAUUAGGCGCUAGCACUGAAUAUUUAAUCGAACCUACAGUCCUUACCUUUGAUAUAAAGUCUGAGGAUCCUUUGGACCUCAACAGUGAUUAUGAUGGGAUGUCGUCUCCGGAUGGACAGGACAAUUUAACGGAUGAAGAAAUGUCUCCGAUGAUGUCCAGUAGAAAAGAAAAUCCAUCCUUACAGAAUGACGAUGAGUCCAAUGAAGAUUAUAGCUCUAAUGAUGACUUGCCCUUAUCAUCUUUGGGCCAGACCAAUCUUUGCUCCUCAGAUAAAAAAGUUCUUUGCACAAAAAAGUCGGUAGAGGAAUUUGAUGAACUGGUAGCUUUGUGGCGUUCCUCCUUGGAAUGUGACAUUUGUCAUCAGCUGGUGGCCACCUAUUCCCAGCUGAAGGAACAUUUUAGCAAAUCCCAUGCUCCAGAAAUUUGCUACCUCAUGUGUUGUCAAUUGAGGCUAGAAACUCGUUACGAUAUAGACAGACACAUACGCUAUCAUAAUGCCCCGCAGCAGCUGAAAUGUGAGGCCUGUUGCAAAACUUAUUGUCGGGUGAGAUAUUUGAGAGAUCACAAAAGAAAGUUCCACUCCAGCAAGGGAAAAGAUAAUAAUGCUAAAGACAGCAAGAAGUCGGGAGGAAAAUAUUGUUGCGUUAAGUGUUCGAAGGACUUUGCAACGGAAAAACAUUUGAUUCAACACAAUCGUGAUGUGCAUAAACCCAAGAUAUUUGAAUGUAACUUUUGCGAAAAAUCGUUUAUGCGUCCGAUUGCUCUGCGCCAGCAUUUGGCUAGCCACACAGGCGAGAAGCCGCAUACCUGCCCAUUUUGCCCCAAGGCCUUCACUUGGCAAGGUGAUUUUUCCCUACAUUUGAGUAAAUCUCAUCUCCAGGAAUGGACGAAAUCGGCUCCCAGAGAGAUGAUGAAAGGUUAUCGGCGAGAAACUCGAGGAAAUUGUAUGGUCUAUAUUUGUCUUAAGUGUUCCUUGGAGUAUGACAACCAGUAUUCCAUGUACGGCCAUCUCCAGCUAUGUCGAAGAGACGUUGGACAAACAAAGUCUAAAAAGGGAUUUCGGCUUGAAAUUCGGGGAGAGAGUAAGGUCUAUGUUUGCACUUAUUGUUCGAAGGAGUAUGAUAAGCGGGUUGCCAUUGUCAAUCAUACUAGGGGAUGCCAAAGAGACACUGAACAAAAAGAGCCUAAAAAGGGAUAUCGGCAUGAGAUUCGAGGAAAGAAUAUGGUCUAUGUUUGCCGUUCUUGUUCCCAGGAGUAUAAAAACCGGAGUACAAUGCACAAACAUGUCAGGCUAUGUCAAGGAAUCGAAAGACCAAUUCAGCUUAAUAAAGGUUAUCGGCGAGAGACUCGCGGAGAGAGUAUGGUCUGUGUUUGCAGUUUUUGUUCUAAGGAGUAUGCAAAGAUGCAAUCCAUGCGCAGCCAUCUCUAUCGAUGUCAUAGAGACGAAUCAUCUUUAGCGAAGCAGGCACCACCAAUGCCAGCUGUGCAGCAACAGCCGUUUCAUGGUCAAGGAACUCGAGUUAGUCAAGACUCCUUGAACGCCUGGAUUAUAGGGCCGAGUACUAUUGACGUAGCCAACAUAACACCGGAUGGGUAUAACUUAAAUGGCAAAGAAGUAGAAGAAGAUUCUUUGAUGGGCCCUAUAAAGGGAAACGAGUUGAAAGGUGAUGAAAAUGCAUCAAAGACUAAUGUGAAGACCGAACAAUUAGCAGCUGGAACAAUUGCUUUCGACGAAUAUCAAAUGUCACACGAAUUUGAAAAUGCAACCUGGAAAAGUGAGGAAUUUCUAAAAUCCGAACAAGAAUUUAUGGAGCUAUAAGCAGAGACUUAAGACCUUAGUUGGAAUAUUGAAAAAUCAAAAAAAUGAGCUCAAACUUUUUUGCCCAAAAUCCUGACAAAUGACUUUGCCUAUUACGGCUGGUCAAUGAAUUAUUAAUCGUGCUAAUGACCAUGAGAAUGAAUAUGACCAGACAUGGAAAGAUUUGAAUUACUGAAAAGAAAUUGCCAGAUAACAAAUGGAUUUGAUCACUGACAACACGUCUUCGGUAGACGUUUCUUAAAAGGGGGGAGUGCUUUCUUCAGUACCGUUGUGUUGCUCUCUUACCUCCCGUCUGUCGGGCCUACAUUUCAAUGCUUGAUAAUUUGCAGUGUCAAACUUAAAUCCAACUGGAAAUGGCAUAUUGAAUGUUUUAAUUUGGCUACCACAAGCCAAUUCCUGCCACCGUUGGGUCAAUAUCUCUUUAUGUGUCAAUAACACUGCUAUUUCUCUAUAUUUCGUUCGUUGUUCGCUUUGCACAUUUAAAUACCACAUAUGUGUUUUCUUAUUUCUCACUUCAAAAUCAAUUGUUUAUGAUAGGCUAAGUCAGGGAAAGCCAUUCAAACAGCUGUUUUCCUACUUAAGAACCAGCUGGAUUUAAUACAAAAAUCUUCGCAUAAUGUGUCAAAAUCAGCUGAUGUUACUGUGGGAAAACAGCUGCUGCUCUACAAAGCACAGAACUUUAUAAUUUUAUUGUGGAAGAUCAGUUUUUUGAGAAAAACUUUUCAAUAAUUAUGUGAAAAAAUAUUUUUUGAAUGAUUGCAGGACAAUUUGGUGUGAAGUAAUGAGUUUGACAUUUGGGUUUGCUUUGAUAUUCACCACUAACAUUAUGUGGGUUGAUCACUUGAGUAUGGUGAUUGUUGAUCAGACUUGAUUAGGGUGCUUUUUGACGUCAUCUAAAGGUUUAUUUACAAACCGGUUUAAUCGGUUUUUUAAAAAUCUCAAAAACUGAAACCGGUUUUUUAAGAAAGCCAAUUUUUUUGAAUAGUUGCGAUUUUAAGAAUAACUUUGCUUUCUUGAUCUCGUACCCUUAAGCAAUCAGACUUCUUUAUGGUUGUCUUUUUUGUUUUAUUAUCUCUCUUAUUAAUAAUAACUUUAUUUAAGCCUUACGGAUUUCGUUUAGUUUAUAGCUAUGUUAUACACCUGAUAUAAAUAUAAUAGAUUUAAAUUUCCUUUAAAUUACAAUAUUCUUAUAUUUGUUUAGCUUUUGUCACUUGAAUAAAUCAAAAUAUAUAAUAUAACUAAAAAACAAAAAUUGCAAUGUAAAACCCGGAUUAAACGGAUUCUUGAGCUAUAAGUUUAUGAUUUAAAUUUUGUCAAUUCAAAUAAAAUUUGUUUUAACAUCUAAAAACAAUAGCAUGAACUUUAUUUCUUUCAAAGAAUGAUGAAGGCUGACUUCGAUGAAUUAUCGCAGAGACAUUGAUUAUGCAGAAUGCAUAUAAAUGUUCAAAUGAAUCAGUGCAACUAGAAUAUUUCGAAAAAAUAUAUAAAAAAUAAUAAAUAUAUACAAUAAUAUAAAGAUAAGAAAUGUAACAAAUAAAAGAUAUUAAAAAAAUAUAAAAA